AUGAUUUUUAAUGUGCUGACGUUAUUAUCACUAACGGCUCUUACCUCUGGUAAGCCGGUGGCACGUAGUCUGGAGUUGCACGAGUCUCGCGACACGAUACCCUCGGGCUUCAAGCUCACUGGGCCGGCACCUGCUGAUACUACGCUCGAUCUCCGCUUAGCUCUGACUAGUAGCGACACAGACGGCUUAAUCCAGGCGCUGUACAGCAAGCGUCUACUGAACAAGGCUCCACAGGCAAAUCAGUAUCUCGCACCCACGCAGAAUUCCGUGGCUGUUGUUAACGAGUGGCUCUCUGGAAAUGGCAUCAGCGCAACCACAAUUAGCUCCGCCGGCAAUUGGCUAGCGGUAUCAGUUCCUGUCAGCUUGGCCAAUGAGGUUUUAGAUGCCAAUUUUUCUAUCUUCACUCAUGAGGGCAGCGGACAGCAAAGUAUCCGUACUCUCUCUUAUUCCAUACCAUCCGAGCUGAAGGGUCAUCUGGACCUCAUCCACCCUACUGUGUCUUUCGCUUCGCCCAUCCCCAAAUCGCCUAUGCGCGCUACCAAGUACAAUGGGACCGUUCAACCUAAAUCCGCAGCCCAGCCAUCGGCUUGUCAAGAUGACGAAGUCGAUCCUGCUUGCUUACAGGCCUUGUACGGAAUUCCCACAACCCCUGCGACUGAAUCGUCAAGUUAUCUCGUGGUUACUGGGUAUAGUCAAUCCCCCAGUCCCUCAGAUCUCGAGCUAUUCUAUUCGAACUAUGGGAUGUCAGAGUCGGCCAAUCUGACCUAUUCGGUAAUCGAAAUUGACGGUGGGGAUUAUGAUCCGAGUGACCCUGGAGACGAAGCAGACCUUGACAUCCAGUAUACGAUUGGGCUGGCUACCAACGUGCCUGUCACAUUUAUGUCUGUUGGCGUAGACACAUCUGACGGCGUGUUUGGAUUCCUCGAUACGGCGAAUUACUUUCUGAAUGAGGAUAGCCCGCCUUCAGUGAUCACAACAAGUUACGGUGAUAAUGAGGAUUUGUUUUCCGCUAGUGUACAGAAUAACCUAUGCAAUGCCUACGCUGCACUUGGCGCACGCGGUGUCUCCAUUUUGUUUGCCUCUGGAGAUGCUGGAGUUUCCGGUUUCGUCACAGGAACAUCGUGCACAGACUUCGUUCCGUCUUUCCCAUCGGGAUGUCCUUACCUUACCUCUGUUGGUGCUACGACAGGUUCCAGCCCGGAGACUGGCGCAUCUCUCUCUGCGGGUGGUUUUUCGAACGUCUUCAGCCGUCCGUCUUUCCAGAGUUCCGCAGUCGAAGCAUAUCUCGAAUACCUAGGAGACACCUACUCGGGAUUAUACAACGCUUCAGGCCGCGGGUACCCAGAUGUUUCUGCACAGGGUGACAAUUUCCUUAUCGCCUGGGGAGGCGAAUUCUAUACAAUCGACGGGACCAGCUGUUCGACCCCAACCGUCGCCAGCGUCAUCUCAUUGAUUAAUGAUCGCCUCGUCGCAGCAGGAAUGUCCACACUCGGAUGGCUUAAUCCGUUCCUGUACUCGACGGGCCUCUCUGCAUUCACUGAUAUUACAUCCGGAGAUAAUCCCGGGUGCAACACGAACGGUUUCUCCGCAACGACUGGAUGGGACCCCAUCACUGGUGUGGGCACCCCAGUAUUUUCUGAUCUUUUGACUGCUGUGGGCUUGUAA